AUGGACCACAUCUACACCUACAUGGGCCACAUCUUCAACCACGUGGACCACAUCUACACCCUCAUGGACCACAUCUACACCUACAUGGACCACAUCUUCACCCACGUGGACCACAUCUCCACCGACGUAGUAAUCACUGCCUAUGUCUCUGUCAGGAUGUCCUGUACCACCAACAACGCGGAUCUGUACGGUGCCUGCUGCUCGGGGAGCGUGGAUGAAGUCACUCGCAUCUUACGGCGAGAUGGAGUUGACAUCAACACCCGGUGGUCAAACGGCAGGACACCAGUGAUGGCAGCAGCAGAUGGCCAGCACGUGGACGUGUUUAAGCUACUCCGCCGGAAGGGAGCCGAUCUGUCGGCAGUGGAUGAAGACAAUAACACCAUUCUGCAUAUUGCUUGCGUCAGAAAUAAUCUCAAAAUAGUCAGGUUGAUUCUCUCUGAAGGAACUAUUGACAUCAAUGUAAAAGGCAAAAGCAGAUUGACGCCGGUGAUGUUGGCAGCACGUCAUGGGUGCAAACACGUCUACUUGGAACUUGUAAACAACAAACACUGCGACAUGAGACUUGUUGGAGAUGACGGUGACAACCUUCUCCACCUGGCAUGUCUUAAAGGCCAUCUGUUUAUUGCUGAAGAUCUGCUCUCACGUCGGAUAUUCAAUAUCAACUGUAGAGGGAACUUGGGCAGGACACCGCUAAUGAAGGCAGCGUGGACGGGUUCCAAACGGAUUUUCGACCUGAUCAUAGAGAAAGGAGGCCAGACGUCGCUGCUGGAUGACAAGGGGAUGAACAUCCUCCACGUGGCCUGUGCUGGAGGAAAGGUACACAUUGUACAGCAUAUCCUCUCAAAACGCAUUGUGGGCAUCAACAGUAGGAGGAAUGAUGGAAGAACGCCCUUGAUGGUUGCUGCAGAGUAUGGACACAAAGAGGUGUACAACUUACUCUUACGAGACGGAGGAGACAGAUCUCUGGAAGACGUUGAUGGCAACAACAUCCUCCAUGUGGUGUGCAGGGGCGGUAACGGGAGUAUGGUGCAGCACACAUGUGACAGAAACCAGCGCAGGGCCCUCAUCCAUGGCACGGACAGAAAGGGGAGGACUCCUCUGAUGGCGGCAGCCGAGACAGGGCACAAGGAGGCCUUUGAGGUCGUCAGGCGUAAAGGAGGGGACAUCACCAUUAGAGACAGCUUUGGGAACAAGCUUAUUUAUGUUGCCUGUGUGGGAGGGGAUCUACCAAUGAUAAUGCACAUCGCUUCACUGGAUGUUACGGAAGGACUGAAUGAUAGGAGGAUGUUGAUCCUUGCGGCAGAGAGUGGCCGUAAGGAUGUUUUCGAUUUUCUUAUGGGUGAAGGAUGCGAUUUGUCUCUUGAUGAUGAUGAAGAAGAUACUGUGUUCCAUGCAGCCUGUCGUGGGGUCAUGUGGAUAUGGUGGAAUAUGUACUCUCAAGGUUCAACUUUGACGUCAACAAAAGGGGGAAAUACAAAGGGCGAACUGCCAUGA